CCUGCAUCUGGCCAGGUUUGCAGUCUUCACGAUCAGUUAAUGGCGCUUCGUUCUUUUUCAUAUGAAUGAACAAAAUGCCCAAGUGGUGUGUUCAAAAUGCAAAACUAACUGGAUGGUCACUUUCCAGGGCAAUGAUCAAAGAGAACAAGGAAAUGGCUCCUCUUAUGGGGAAGAAACUGCCGGGCACCCCGCCAAUGGCUCACCAGGACAAAAGGCCGGUCGAAAGCACCCCCAGCAAGAAGAGGAAGGACAUCGGUGUCGUCCCCCGCCUUGGCAGUUCACACUUUUUUCUCGAGAUUGAAGCCUUUGACAGCAGCGUCAGCCCCAGCAGGACGUCUCCGCCCAUCUUUUCAAAGCCCAUGGACUCCAACAUCCGCCCGUGUGCGUCUGCAAAUGGUGAAGAUAUGGAUUCCCCCCAGUCCCUCCAGGACGACAUGACAGAAUAUACCCCAAACAACCCGGGCACAAACGUGUCCCAAACUGUUCAACAAAGCAAUCGUCAGAAAAAGCUGAAGAAAUAUCUGUUCCGGGCAGUGUCGGAGGGCAACAUAGACGAACUUCAGCGCCUCCUUGCAGAAUUGAAGGAUCGGUCCCAUGCAUGUAGAAACCAGACAGUACAAGACUACCUGAUGAAGAAAAUGACCUCGUCAGACACAGGCAAGACCUGCCUAAUGAAAGCCUUGUUAAACAUCAACCAGAACACAAAGGAAAUUGUGAAUAUGCUACUCUCCUUUGCAGAAGAAAACCAGAUUGUAGAAAGGCUUAUUAAUGCAGCAUAUACAGAAGAGGCAUACCGAGGGCAGACCGCUUUAAAUAUUGCUAUUGAGAGACGGCAAUAUGACAUUACCCAGACCCUGAUUGAGAGAGGAGCGGACGUCAACGCUCACGCCCAGGGAGUGUUCUUCAACCCCAAGCACAAACACGAAGGUUUUUAUUUUGGGGAAACGCCACUAGCGCUGGCUGCUUGCACCAACCAACCGGACAUAGUUCAGCUCUUGAUGGACAACAUCAAGAUGGACAUCGCUUCCCAGGAUUCCAGAGGGAACAAUAUUCUGCACGCCUUGGUGACGGUGGCAGAGGACUCCAAAACGCAGAACGACUUUGUGCGGAGGAUGUACGAUGCCAUUCUCUUGAAGAGUAAAAACCGGGAGUUGGAAAUGAUGAAGAACAAAGAGGGAUUGACGCCUCUGCAGUUAGCCGCCAAAACAGGGAAGCUUGAGAUUCUGAAAUACAUCCUCUCCAGAGAGAUUAAGGACAAGCCAAACAGAAGCCUUUCCCGGAAGUUCACCGACUGGGCUUAUGGGCCUGUACAGUCUUCUCUUUAUGACCUGACAGAACUGGACACCACUUCAGACAAUUCCUUGCUCGACAUCAUCGUCUAUAACACAGAUAUUGGGAACCGCCAUGAAAUGUUGGCUUUGGAGCCUCUGCACUCCCUCCUGCGGAUGAAGUGGAAGCGAUUCGCCCAACAUGUCUUCUUUCUGUCCUGUUGCUUAUACUUUGUGUACAACGCCAUCUUGACGUCGGUCUCCUACUACAGGCCUCACGCCGAGAAGCCUCCACCCUUCCCUUUAGCUUCCACAGAUGACCUGAGCUGGCUGCAUUUGACGGGCCAAGUGACCGUGAUGCUGGGGGCCAUAUUUAUCGCCAUAAAAGAGAGCGUUGCCAUUUUCCUGCUCAGACCUUCCGAUCUUCAAUCAAUCCUGUCCGAUGCCUGGUACCAUUUUGCAUUUUUCAUCCAAGCAGCGCUGGUGAUCUUCUCCGUCUGCCUGUACCUGUUUUCCUACAAAGAGCAUCUGCCCUGUCUUGUCCUAGCCAUGUCCCUGGGGUGGACCAACAUGCUGUAUUUCACCAGGGGGCUGCAGUCGAUGGGAAUCUACAGCGUGAUGAUUCAACAGGUCAUCUUGCAUGAUGUGAUCAAGUUCUUAGUUGUCUAUCUCGUAUUUCUUCUCGGAUUCGGCGUAGCUCUUGCUGCCUUGAUUGAAUCCUGUCCUGAGGACAGUAUGUGCAGCAACUAUACCAUUCUAGGGUAUGUGGAGAUUGAGCUCUUCAAGCUCACCUUGGGCCUGGGAGACCUGGAGAUCAACAAGAACGCAAAAUACCCGGUGCUGUACCUUCUCCUCCUCAUCUCCUACGUGGUCCUCACCUUCGUCCUCCUCCUCAACAUGUUGAUCGCGUUGAUGGGAGAGACGGUGGAGGACAUCUCCAAAGAGAGCGAGCACAUCUGGAGGCUACAGAGAGCAAGGACCAUUGUGGAAACAGAAAAGCUUUUACCCCGGUGCCUGAGGAGAAAAUUCCAGCUGGGAGAAUGGUGCAAAGUGGCUGACAAUGAUACGAGAUUAUGUUUAAGGAUUAAUGAAGUCAAAUGGACGGAAUGGAAAACCCACGUUGCCUUUAUCAAUGAAGAUCCAGGCCCAACAGAUCACAACAGCAUGCAGGAUGCAUCCAGAAGUAACAGCAAAAUCACUCUGAAUACAUAUGAAGAAAUCGAGGACUUGCCUGAAACCUCCGUUUAAGCUGUGCACGGGAUUCGAGAGCAUGUGUGCCGCCUGCUGUUGUUGCCGCAGCAACCAGCAACCAGGAUCUCCAGCUUCUUUGUCCAGCAGGGCCACAGUGGUCCUCAAGCACAGAGGAGGGAUUUGGCUGUUGCCAGAAAGCGGAAGGAUCAGGGGAACCGAUGCAGGAAGGAAGGAAGGAGUCCUGAAGACAGCCCCACUUUGCGAGGGCAGGCCAAGGAACAUAAGCACAGCCUGGCUGCUGGAUCAGGCCCACAUCUAUCGACUCCAGCAUCCUGUUUCACACAGUGGUCCACCGGAGGCCUCUCGGAAGCAUCCAUAAGACCUUGGACAGUAGAACUUAAUCAGUGGGAACUGGAACUUGACCAGCCCAACAGUAGAACAGUAGCGUUUGAACCUUGUGACCGGUCUAAGCCAGGGCUGCUCAACUGUGGCCCUCCUGCAGACGUUGGUCUACAACAGUAUUUCUCAACCUUUUUGGAGUCAAGGACCGCUAAAUUCUUUGUGCAGAGUUUCAAGUCAAUGCCCCAUUGACCCAAUGCCCCAUUGACCCAUUGGGUCAAAAGUUUGAAGAGUCAAUAGUUCGAAAGUGAACUUUCCUAAAGGGCUCACACUCUAAAAAGAUACGUAGGUUGGGUACCAGGAACAGCCCCCCCCCCCGAGGGAUUUUGUGCUGGGGCUGGAUAGGGCCAGUUGCUCCCCACUUUCAAUCAAGAGAAUCAUCACUACUUUUAAAGAGGUGUCUCUUAACGUGUGGUUAAGAAACCUGACCACGACUUCUGUGCUUCAUUCUACUGGACAACUAGAAAUAAUCUGUGCCUUUUCUGUCACUAUAACCAACUCCCACCCCCAAAUCACUUAUGGUGCUUCCUUGCUGAAGGAAACCGCAUGUCUAAAUGUUUUUAAGGCCGUUCUUAACACUUUGCUACGUUUGCCAACCUGCAUAGCCCUAACCCUUCUGUGUCCUCAGGAAGAAUGAAGUUAUAUAAGAAGGAAACACAUUUCAGACGUGAAGUGAAGCCACACUAUGAAGUGUUCAACACUGACCACUCUGGGAACAGUUUCUCCUCCUGCCCCUGAUCCUGCACACAGAGACCUGCUUGCCCGGGCAAGUGUGAGUGGCAGAUGACAGGCCUGCAGAGGAGAUGGCCACAGGAAGCCAUGGCUACCUCUUCUCCUGUUUCCAGGGGAGUGCUUAAAAGGCAACUAACUUAGCCUGUGAAAGAAAACAAUGUGAUUUAUCUCAUGUAUAUAAACAAAGGGAAAUAUUCUGACUCUGUGAAUGUAUUUAUUCAGUCAUUCUUGAAGAAUGUGCCUUAAUCCUCAUGGAUUCCAACUGAAUGUUUUAUUGUUGUUUUUAACCUGUUGUUUUAAGAGACAUUUGUAUGGUAACCAGAAGUGCUUUAGAUUAUUUUGUUUACAGUUACCGACACUGGGGCAACAAUGGCCCAGAAAACCUUUGAAGACUCUUGCAGCUGAGGAACAAAGAUGCUAUUUAUGUGGUGCCAUGGUUAUGCUGAACAUUAUGACUUCUGUUUAAACAAGUGUCCUAUUCAAUGUUUUUCAAAAAUAUUUAUUGCAAAUCAGAGAAGUAAAAUGGGUACUUUUUGAUAAAA